GCUGCAGAUUAUACUUUCGAUUUCCAAAUCUAAUCUUACAUAAGAACUAAAAUGACAUUGGGGGCAUGUCACAUUCAUUCUGAGCGCCGUCGUUGUAUGUCAGUUGCUUCAAGGAGUUUGAAAGAACAGUAACGUCCAGUCGUCCAGGGAGAAAAUAAAAUACAUCUGUAUUGUUUAUAUCUGAUGAGGACAAAUAUGACGACCGCAACACUUCUGGUAGUCCUAUGUAGUUUCCAUGUUGCUUCAGGAGUGAUCCACAUUCAUCAGUUUUUCCAUACUGCCACGUCUGGCAUCCCAAACUUCCCAGAGUUUUUAGCUGUUGGUGUUCUAGAUGGCCAACGGGUUUCCCAAUAUGACAGCUUCACCAAGAGAAUGGUCCCAAAAGAGUGGAUGGCUAAUGAAGGAGACUCUGAUCACUGGAACUUUGAAACAGAAAUAGGACAUUUCCAUGAGGCUCGAUCUAAAUUCGACUUAGAUGAUCUAACAUCUCGCUUCAACCAGACUGAAGGUGUGCACACGUGGCAGAACGUGUUUGGCUGUCAGUGGGAUGAUGAGAGUAAUGCUGUGGAUGAAUUUGAUCAGUAUGGUUAUGAUGGAGAAGACUUUAUCUCACUGGAUCUGAAGAACCUGAGAUACAUCGCAUCAAAUCAACGGGCUGUCCUAACAAAAAACAACUGGGACAAUGGCAGGGUUGAUCUUGACCUUUGGAAGAAUCACUACUCUCAGUACUGCAUUGAGUGGCUGAAGAAGUAUGUGCAGUAUGGGAACAGCACUCUGGGGAGAACAGUCUCCCCUGAGGUCACCCUCUUCCAAAAGGACUUGGGAGUGGUGUGCCAUUCCACAGGUUUCUAUCCUGACGGAGUGGUGAUCACCUGGAAGAGGGAUGGAGAGGACAUGCAUAAAGACGUUAAUAUGGGGGAGACGCUGCCCAAUGAGGAUGGAACCUUCCAGAAGAGAGCUGAGCUUCUAGUGUCACAUGAGGAGAGGAAGAAGGGACAGUUCACCUGUGAGGUGGCCCACAAGAGCGGAAAGCCCAUUAUUAAGACCUUGAUUGUGGAAGAUGGCAAUAACCUUGUUGGCAUCAUCAUUGGCUGUGGUGUCGCUGCUCUUGUCAUGAUCGGUGUGGUUGUUGCCAUUGCCAUGAUGAAGAAGAAAGGCUACAACAAGGCAUCACAGUCCGAUGCCGGUUCUGAUUCCGGUUCUGAUACCUCUGCCCCAUUGCAAGGGAAGGAGCCGAGUGUGGUAACUGCUGAGCAUGGAGAGUGAGGAACGAUGAAGAAUCGUGCGAAUCAACACUUUUUUUUGUCUGUAUAUCAUAUAUAUCUCAAAUAGUGUGAUGUAUCCAUAACGUUCAGAUUUCAGUUCUAUUUUCUUUAUUUCCCGGUUUUCAGCAAUAACUGUUUAGUGGCUGUUAAAUCUGUUCCAAUGUACAAAAUCUGGAAAUAUUCUUCUAUCAGAAAACAAAUCUAAAUAUCAUAUCUAGCAUCUUAGUGGAGCCACUGAUUGACAUAUAAUGACAAAAGGUAUUGUGCUUUCUUGAAUUGUAUUGUGUUGGUUUGCAAUUUGAUAGAACCGAAUAUUGCUUUUCUACUGUUGUAAGAAUAGCAAUAGCAAUGGCUUACAGCCAUACCACACUGAGCUUGUAUGAUCUCGGAAGCUAAGCAGUGAUGGGCCUGGUUAGUACUUGAAUGGGAGACCAACUGGGAAUAUCAGGUACUGUAAACUGAAACUGGGUGGGCCAAUCCCUUUCCAUUUCAGUGGAUUCUACUAGAUUACUGAAACAGAGAACAACCCCCCACCCCACUGUCUCCCCUUCCUGCCAUUACCUGUAGGGUGUGGUCUCACCCCCCUCCCCUGUAUUCUACCUGACUGAAUGGUAUAAAUGCCAACACAUGGUACAGUCAGGUACAGUCAGAAAUAAACUCUAGAAGUCCUGACUGGAUCUUCUAGUCCGCUCUUCGUUUCCAGUCCGUCUGUUCUUAGUUUGGCAUGCUCAUUAGAUUCUAUCAAAUUGCAACCUCUUUAGUUGGUGGUGGGAAGUGGGCAAUUAUUGAUAACAGUGCAAUUGUUUACUGUUGGAAGGAACAGUGAUCCACCAUGCAAAAAUGUAGAGUAUUUUAUAUUUUAUAUUUUCCAGAUAAUUACAGAUAAGACAACAUUCACAGAAAAGGUUAACAAAUUCAAAAAUGUGUACAACGUUGAAGUGGUGGACACUGUAACUAAUUGUAAUGGACUGCUUUAAAACUAAAUAAAGACCCAAAUUGGAAGA